GUCACCUGAACAUUGCAUAAGUAGAUAUACAAGCCUACCAAACAUAACAAAAUAUAUCAAAAACAUCUGAAGUUUAUAUUGCAAAGCGCUUCAUCAUGAUCAUGAAGGUAUCUAUGGCUAUGUGCAAACAACCAUUGCCUCCUUCGCCGGCGUUAGACUUCCCUCCUGCGAGAUUUGGUCCCAAUAUGCUAACUCUAAACCCAUACGGUCCAAAGGACAAAGUUGUGGUCAUAAUGGGUGCUACCGGAACAGGCAAGUCACGACUCUCCGUCGAUAUAGCCACACGUUUUCGGGCUGAGAUAAUAAAUUCCGACAAGAUCCAAGUCCACCAAGGUCUAGACAUUGUCACCAACAAGAUCACGAGCGAGGAAAGCUGCGGGGUACCGCAUCAUCUCCUCGGCGUCUUGCCGCCUGAAGCCGACUUAACCGCCCCGAAUUACUGUCACAUGGCGAAUCUCUCCAUUGAAUCCAUCCUAAACCGGGGAAAGCUUCCAAUCAUCGUUGGAGGUUCCAACUCUUACGUGGAGGCUCUAGUGGAUGACGAAGACAACAAAUUCAGGUCGAGAUACGACUGUUGUUUUCUAUGGGUCGACGUGGCACUUCCCGUUUUGCAUGGGUUCGUGUCUGAGAGAGUAGACAAGAUGGUGGAAAAUGGAAUGGUUGAGGAAGUUAGAGAUUUUUUUGACUUUUCGGAUUCUGAUUACUCAAGAGGGAUCAAGAAAGCAAUUGGAGUUCCAGAGUUUGACAGGUUUUUCAGGAACGAGCAGUUCUUGAAUGUGAAAGACAGAGAAGAACUGUUAAUUAAAGUGGUCGAAGACAUAAAGAGGAACACAUUUGAGUUAGCUUGUAGGCAGAGAGAAAAGAUCGAACGGUUGAGAAAAGUGAAGAAGUGGUCCAUCCAGAGAGUGGAUGCAACUCCGGUCUUUACAAAGCGCAGGUCCAAGACGGAUGCUGACGUGGCCUGGGAGAGGCUCGUGGCUGGACCAAGCACCGAUACUGUGUCGCGGUUUCUGCUGGACAUUGCCAGCCGUCGGCCGUUCCUGGAAGCUUCAACGGCCGUUGCGGCGGCCAUGGAACGCGAGUUGUCGCGGUGUCUAGUGGCGUGAUCAGUUGUAACCACGCAAAUUAAAGAAAAGGCUGGAUUCGGAAAUUUACGCCAAUGGUUAUUGGUGAUGGUGACGUGGCUAUGAUCAGAAAAUAUACGAGACUACGAUGA